AUGUCAACACUCAUCGGCCCACUUGAUGAAGUUCUCCAGGACACCGUUACACCACAGGCUAGGGCGGAAAUCAUACAGCAUCUAUGGCGAGACAGAAGAGGGCUACCGUUGAAAAGAUUCCAUUUCGUAUGGGACGCUUAUUUUACAUACUAUACGCGGGAAUGCAACGCAGCCCUCACUGAUGAAGGCGCCCAUCUCUGCGCUAGAUCGCAUCGAAGUCUUUUGCGGAUUGCGCACUUGCUGGAAGACGCGGCUGACGAAGAAGAAAUCAGAGAAAGGCUCCGUCAAACACUCACGACGCAAAGAUCAAAGUUAGACGAGAAGAAGAUGUUGGACGGUUCUUUGAAGCUAGCGACUCGCAUAUUUGCAAUGAUUAGCACCGGACCACUUUCUUCCGAGAUAUCCGCGAAAUAUUCCUUACCCUGGAGCCAAGGCUGCUCGUUUCCAGUCGCCGUACAUGAAUAUUUCAAUCAACCCCUAGAUAUUGAACUGGAAUCGAAGGACGAUGUCGUUGGUUCGGAUCUUACGUGUUAUAAUAUCGAGCGCAUGUCAGGCAUCGAGGUCAUACUGACCGAUAAUUUGCUCGAUCAUUUGCGUCUUGUCGAACAAGACAAAAAGCUGUGUGUAUUCCAUCAUGCAUCGUUCUUGAGAAAGUCUCAUAGUCCGAUUUUUCCAGACGGCCUGAUCGAAGAAACGUUGGACGCGCUUGCCCUGCUGUUUCCAGAGUCAGAUCGCAAAACGAGACGAUGGUUGUCAGAGAAGCGGCGAGCAAACUCAACGCAGACGGCGGUAGACAGCACAUUAGCACACUGUGGCCAUUUUCGGCCUGGACAUCCAUCCAGACGUCUUGGGCGAUUCCAGUUCUGGCGAGAUCGAUUGGUUCUGCUAGGGGAGGCUGUCGAGGAAGCCACGCCAACCUCCAAGGCGUUGUUAAAAGCGCUGAAAGAUAGUAAGAGAAGCGACCACUGGCUCAACUCAUGGAUAGCAAUAGUGGCGAUAGGCCUUACCCUCUUCCUCGGGUUGGUACAAAUUGUUGAGGGUGCCGUGCAGGUAUACAAAGCGUACCACCCAGAAGCAGACUCGGCAUAA